AUGCCGAGGGUUUGGAAGUGUAGCGUGCUGGAGGAGUGGCGUCGUGAUAUUGAGAAGUGUUUGGGCGUGAGACGCAAUGUGGGGAAUGACGAUGAUGUCGUCGUUCUAGGCGAGCGUAUCCAUAUCAUCUUGACGAAAGUGAUGUUCUCGGAUGAAGGGAAUCCACGGACAAAGGCCAUCGAUCCUUCACAAGAACCUAGGUCGCACAUGCACGUCGUCUUCCCCGAGAAAUUACUCGACGGGCCAACAGACAUGGAUGUUCGUAGCAGACAAACCUCCCGCGUCGUUUUCGCCGACCUCAUCUCCGCGGCGAGCCGACAUGCGGGGACAAAGGUUCCCACGCCCGUCCAGGUGGUAAAUCCCUUUUCGCGCAAAAUGUCACCCAAGCGGGAAACGGCGAAAGUCGCUCUUGGCCGCUGCGAUAUUUACGUGGAGAGCCGAGGAGUCCUGCACCGAGGAUCGGCCGUCCUGCCGGCAGGAGGAUGUCUCGGGCUUGUUGGUGAGAACCAGUAG